AUGUUGCACACAUCUAAACGCCAAGAUAGAUACCAAGAUUCGGACAGUCCUAUGGAUACCCUUGUGGACACUGACGAAAGCUGGGAUGCAGAUGACGAGGACUCUGGUUCAGACAGCAUGUCCGAUGCUUUCAACUUGGCGCCGAUGUCAGUGGUACUAGGACUGAAAUCCAAAAAGGAAGUCCCCGGCUUGUUUCGCUUCAGGGUCCGCCGUGAAGAAGACAAGUUCCUUGGUGCCUCGGGUAAGUCUGAUGGCUGGAUUAACAUCUCUCAUUUCCUCUGGACCAUGUGUGCUACACUCGCUGAUGCAGGCACUGAUCGGGAAUGGACAGCGACAUUCGAGAAAUCCCGACCCCAGUGGAAUAAGAUCCAGGUGCAGGUGAAGAGGUUCGGAUUUACUCAGUUUUCUUCUGAGAUCCCUCCUGCACCGGUUGAUCUUGCGUUGGUCCAAUUCUUUGGAUCCCAAUUUGAUGGAGAGGUCAGGGGAUUUGAGAUUGAACAAGAGGAUCUCAAUACUGUCCCUGAUUCUCAGGAUAUCUGGACACUCUGGCGAUAUAUUAUCGAGACACCUGCAGAUGAGAUUAAGGAGUUCCACGUUACCCUUAGAGAUACUGGGAAGCUUAUGGGCUCUCAGUAG